AUGUCCACGGCAACCGGCAAAACCCUCCUCGUAACAGUGGGGAGCACACAGUUUGCCGACCUCUCCGAUGCGGCAUUGGCCGAGUCUGCGCUCGAUGCCUUCCGGGCCGCCGGGAUCGAUACUUUGAUCGUACAGCUUGGAUUUGCGCCAAUUCCUGAUCACAUUGCCGCUGUUGUGGGCCGGGAGGGGGGGAGUGGACAGGUUGGAGGGGUCAAGGUCAAGGUUAUGCGAUACACGGGGUCACCGGGGGAGAUGGACGCGCUCAUGAAGUCUUCUGAUGGCGUCGUUAGCCAUGCCGGCUCUGGGUCUAUUCUCGCGGCGCUGCGGAUGCCCAGGCCCCUCCUUGUUGUGCCGAACGACGCGGUCAUGGACGACCACCAGCAGGAGCUGGCUGAUGCUCUUAAGGCUGGCGGGUAUGUCUCCGUCUCGAGUGUUGACGACCUCGUUUCGGGGGUGCAGGAGCUCUUUGGGGCACAGCACAAGGUGUUCCCGCCCGCCAGGCCGGACCGGUUCGCGGCAAUCCUCGACGAGACGGCCGGCUUUGUGUAG